GGCAAGGUGGCACUCGGGCUGAUGCGUGGAGCAUUCUGGGAGACAUAGUCCGGCCGGGGAGGGGGAAGUCGGCGAGUGCGCAUGCUUAGGAGCGCGGAGCGGCCGGCUGAGCAUGGAGGUGAGGGCGGGGGCCUCCCGACGAGGAAGGCUUGGGCGGGGACCCGGUUGGUGGCUGCGGACUCUUGGAUUCCAGCUAUCCAGCGGGAUCUGGAGCGCGGAGUAGGGGCCUAGGCACUCAUUCUCAGCGAGCCGGGCGCUGUCGCGCGACGCUCUUCACUCACUGCAUUACCACAGCUACAAGGACUGGGAGCCCCGCCCCCUGGUUGCCAUGGCGGCACUUGACCUGCCUGGGGAGGUAGGGAGGGGAUGCUCUCUAAAGUGGAAGUUGCCCUCCAAGAUUUCUGGUAACUGUAGUUCAGAAAGCUUCGCAGUGGCUAGCUGGCUUAAAAACGGUCCAACUUUCUCCCAAGGUUGCAGGUCGGAAGUUUGACUCACGGGAUCCAGAGGCCCUGGAAAUCGAGUCUACUCACUUAAUAAACUCAGAUUCCUUCACAAAACCCGCACAUUACUCCCAGCUGCGAAAGGUGCAGCAAUGGCGGGGAAGGGGGGGGCAUCCCCACUUAUCGGGGAUGGUAAAGAUGGGGAAACUGAGGUUCACAGAAACCUGCUAAGGUUACAUAGCUAAUAGGCAAGAUCAGAUUUUCCCACCUUGCUUGCAGGCACCUGGUCCAGUUGUUUUGGGACCUUUUUGGGUCCCCUGUAAGCUCCCAUCACCUCCUAAACCCGCCUAAAUCAGGAAGCUAAAGAGAUGGUGGGGCAUUACCUUGUGUGAUAAGUUGGGCCGGUUCAGAGGUUGAGGCUGAAUGGGGGUGAGGGGAAGCUGCCUUGCCCAGUUGAUCUUGCCCAUCUCUGGGGGUGGGGAACAGAUAGAGGCUGCCCUAUGGGACUGAGCGCAGAAGGGAAUGGUCUGAGAGACUAGAUGGGAGAGUGGGUGGUGCAAUGAUGGGCUGGUAUUGGGCAGGCAUGGGGAGUCCUGGGGGGUGGGUGGUAGUGGCACUUACAUUGCAGAUGUCAUUUACUUGGCAGGGGGAGAGCCACAAGACAGGGAUGACGUGGUGUGUGUUGAAGGGCAGGAUUUAGGGAAGAAGGAAUGCUUACUGUGCCUAAGAAGCCUCCUAUAUAUGGAGAAAAGGAAUGCCAGAGACUGUGGGAAGAUAUCCUCAGAACCCCAGCCCAGUCUUUCCAAUGAGACCCGCAGCACUAGGCUCCCCAGGUCACACAUCCCUGGAAGAUGAGGGACCUGUCAUGGUGAAGCUGGAGGACUCUGAGGAGGAGGGUGAGGCCACCCGGUGGGAUCCUGGCCCAGAGGCUGCGCGCCAGCGUUUUCGACACUUCCACUAUGAGGAGGCAGUGGGUCCCCAAGAGGCCCUGGCCCAGCUCCGGGAGCUAUGCUGCCAGUGGCUGCGACCAGAGGUGCACUCCAAGGAGCAGAUGCUGGAGCUCCUGGUACUGGAACAGUUCCUGUGCGCACUGCCCCCUGAGAUCCAAGCUUGCGUGGAGGGACAGCAGCCAGGCAGCCCUGAGGAGGCCGCUGCCCUGGUUGAGGGGCUGCGCCGGGAGCCAGGAGGCCCCCGGAGAUGGGUCACAGUCCAAGUGCAGGGUCAGGAGGUGUUAUCAGAGAAGAUGGAGCCCUCCAACUUCCAGCCCCUCCUUCAAACCAAGCCUCAGACUCCAGAAUGUGGCCCUAGGACACCAUCUGAAGUCAGACAAGAGUCACCACUUGGCCUUCAGGUGAAAGAGGAGCCCACGGUUACAGAGAACCGAGAGCUUCUGGAUUCUGGGCCUCUAGCCACUCCCCAGGAAGCCACUUCUACUCUCCUGCCUAAAGAGGCCCAGGGCUGUGAGAUAGUGCUGGACCAGGCCUCUCCCCACAGCAAGACUGGGCUUGAGGGGCCUUCAUGGAGGGUGCAUCCUGGGGCCCUGUGGCAGGAGGAAGCUGGGGGCAUCUUCCCUCCAGGGUUUGCGCUCCACAUGGACAGUGUCUCUGCUGGCCCAGGCACUGUGAGCCCCCACCUCCACAUUCCCUGGGACCUCAGCAUGGCUGGCCUCACUGACCAACUGCAGUCACCUUCCUGUGAAAGUGGCUUCUCACAUGCAGUGGUGCUCCCCAAUGGCCCUGGAGGUGAGCAGAAGCCCACGAACGAGGAUCCGGGCCAGCUCCUGGGCCCCAUACUGGCCAAUGCCCGCUGGCGUGUGCCCAGAGGCCGGGGUCGAGGCCGAGACCUAGGCCGCCCCAGCACAGGCCCCGGGGCAGGGCGAGGUGGCCGCUGCGACGUUUGCGGGAAGGUGUUCAGCCAACGCAGCAACCUACUGAGGCACCAGAAAAUACACACAGGAGAGCGGCCAUUCGUGUGUAGCGAGUGCGGUCGAAGUUUCAGCCGAAGCUCACACCUUCUGCGCCAUCAACUCACACACACUGAGGAGCGGCCAUUUGUGUGCAGUGACUGUGGCCAGGGCUUUGUGCGCAGCGCGCGGCUGGAGGAGCACCGGCGAGUGCACACAGGUGAACAGCCCUUCCACUGUGCUGAGUGCGGCCAGAGCUUUCGGCAGCGCUCCAACCUGUUGCAGCACCAGCGCAUCCAUGGGGACCCCCCGGGACCCGGCUCUGUGACCACCACGCCGGCUACGCCUCCCGGGGCACUGGAGCCCCCAGGCCCCUUCCCCUGCAGUGAGUGCCAGGAGAGUUUCACGCGGCGUGCCGUGCUCCUAGAACACCAGGCAGUGCACACGGGUGACAAAUCCUUUGGCUGUGUGGAGUGUGGUGAGCGCUUCGGCCGCCGCUCCGUGCUGCUGCAGCACCGUCGAGUACACAGUGGUGAGCGACCUUUUGCCUGUGCCGAAUGCGGCCAGAGCUUCCGGCAGCGCUCCAACCUCACACAGCACCGGCGUAUCCACACAGGUGAGCGGCCCUUCGCCUGCACAGAGUGCGGCAAGGCCUUCCGCCAGCGGCCCACACUCACGCAGCACCUGCGCGUGCACACAGGCGAGAAGCCCUUUGCCUGCCCCGAGUGUGGCCAGCGCUUUAGCCAGCGUCUGAAGCUCACGCGCCACCAGCGGACGCACACCGGGGAGAAACCAUACCACUGCAGUGAAUGUGGCCUGGGCUUCACACAAGUAUCAAGGCUCACUGAACACCAGCGUAUCCACACGGGUGAGCGGCCCUUUGCUUGCCCUGAUUGUGGCCAGAGCUUCCGGCAGCAUGCCAAUCUCACACAACACCGGCGCAUCCACACUGGCGAACGGCCCUACCCAUGCCCGGAGUGCGGCAAGGCAUUUCGCCAGCGGCCCACGCUCACGCAGCACCUGCGCACCCACCGGCGUGAGAAGCCUUUUGCCUGCCAGGACUGUGGCCGCCGCUUCCACCAGAGUACUAAGCUCAUCCAGCACCAGCGCAUCCAUAGUGCAGAGUAAGCAGCAUUCACUGUAUACCCUCUCUUGGCUUUUGGCCUUUUGUUGGGGGAGGGCAGUGUGUGCACACAGAAAACUUACCUCACAGGGUUGUUGUGAGGCCUGUGAUCAAAUUUAGGUACAGGCAGGCCCACCCAGGACCUGGCCUCUAGUAGGUGCUCAAUAAAUAGUAGACAGAACUUGGGUCUGGGGAUCCACCCAUUCAGUGCCUCCCUACCUGCGGGGGUCAGUCUGCCCGCCCCACCCAUCCAGCACAUCCCCAACCAGGCAGUCUCUGUGAGAGCCAUGGACUCCUAACAGCACCUCCCGACAUCUGUGGGUGCCACCUUGUAUCAUGGUACUAUUUGUCCAUGAUGCCUUCAGCCCACACAACCAUGGGGCCAAGAACAUCAAGUGCAGUAUAAAAAGCAAACUGGCCAGAGCUGGGGAUAUGUUUUUUUAAAACUUUAAACUUAGGAAGCCAUUUCUUAGGCAUAAAACUAGGUUUUAUCUGGAAAUCGAGAUUCUUUCAUGCAUGUUAACUACCAGCAAGUGCUAAGGUUAGGUUCCCCUUAGGAUAGAACCCUGACCAGUCCAGAAAUCAAUGACCACUGGAGGCCCCAGGCCAGUUCCCUAGCCCUCUAGUGAUCGUUCACAUUCCAUGGAGCAGUUGCUGCCAAGCCUGGCCAGCUGCACAAUCCCCAUGGGCUCCCCCAUACUCGGUGGUCUCUAUGAGGAAUGCAUUCACUGGCAAGUCACAGGAAACACAGCUGGCAGCAGCUUCCGUGUAAGUAUACCUGCCAGUAUAGAUUCAAUGUCCAGACUGGGAUGGCAUCUCUGGAACCCUCUAGACUUUUCCUGUGCCAUUGACUCUUGGCCCUAGUUAUCUUCCCCUUCCAUACCAUUGUCCAGGCCCUUGGCCUAGUGCCCCCUACACCUCCAACUAGUGGGUACACUGGCUGCCGAAAGCGGGAUGAAAAGCAGUGCCAAAGAAAAGACCUUCAUGCAUCAGGAUUUGGCUUGGGACCUAAACCCCACUCUGGACAGGUGUUAGCCUGCCCUUGGCCUAAGGGGUUCUAAGAACAAUCCUUUGAGCCUCAUGUGUCCAAGCUUCUUCCAGGGAUAUGGCUGGACUUUGCUACAAGACUGAGAUCCUGAAAUCAGGGAAAGAAGACAAGCCAGCCUUGGCCAGAGAUGGCCAUCAGCCAAUGGCCAUCCCAGAGAUGUGUUCCCUGCUUCCUUCCCUCCCCUACUCCACCCAUCUUUCCACCUCCCCCCUGGCCUAACCCAGCCAGGACCAGGGACACUCCGGCAUCUACCACAUCUGGCAAAGAACAGCUCCCCAUGUGACACAGUCGGAGUUGGGGGGUUGUCCCCUGGGCCCUAUGCCAACACUUCCUGUCCUCUCCAACCACAAAGGGAACUCUGAGGACUCUGAUCUGGGAUAUACUAAUCAGAGGGGAGGAACACAGUCACUGGGUCCCUAGGUGGAGGCUAGGAGUCAGAUUAAGAAGGGCACACAAACAGUGAAGUAGCUAGUAUUAUGAGGUUAAAGAGUAUUCCCAGAACUUUAUAAAUCCUGUACAUGGA